AUGCCCCUCGUGCAUUCCGCUUAUCCAGUGACACAGACGCUCAUCUUACACCUCCCGUUUCGACCCGCAAUCCUUUCGCAUGAGGCGGCGGAAUCCAUCCUAAGUGGUCGAUGGUCCGAUCUGCACUCCCUCAGUCUGAACGGCGCUGUUUGCCCUGCAGCAACGGCGAUCUCAUUCUUUAUUUCCCAUCCUCAAAUGUCUGAACUUUCCAUCGACGAGCUCGUCGGGUAUGACAUACAUAGUGAUGGUCACUUGGAGGCCUUCGACUGCCCGCCCGGACUGCUGCCCAAUUUGAAGAAGCUCGAGUCUGUGGUUCAACAUGUGGUCGAGCUUCUCUCCGCUCCGUGUGCCCAGCCACGCCCAAUUGAACACAUCUCCAUCAACCACUGGCGUAGGGCCUGGUGUAACUCACAGGAAGAGGAUUUUGCAGCGCUCCUGGCGACGCUUCAUUCCAUCACGACCGUGACAUUGCCGGUGACUAACAUCGAUCUUGUCGCACGUAUAGCACAGGCGGCGCCCUGGCUCACGCGCCUGCGUGUACCCUUGGGCGCCUUUGAGAUUCUGAGUGAUUUGUAUUCCGACAAAGAGAAAGUGCGUGUUCCAUCUGUGCAAUGA